AUGCCUUUUCUUUCCAACAUCUUUACCCGGAACCCAGACAGGGAGGGCAAGUCGAGUCCACGGUGGUCAAGGUCGCUCGGAUCACCGAAAUCGCCCAAAUCAUUCGAGUCUUCCGAGUCUCCUAAGAGCCCCAGAAGUUCCAGAGGUCCUGGGAGUCCAAGAUCCCUCAAACCACCUAAACCUCUGACGUCCACGGAACGGAACACGGAGUAUCUCAACCAAUGCCUUGGCUGCAACAAUGUCGCAGACUUGAUCGGAUGGAACACUGGACAGCAGCGGAACGGCGAAGCUAGGGUGACGUCGACCUUACUACACAAUAGUUUCGCCGAGCUGGAACGUUGCGCUCACCGAUGCGAGAUUUGCCGCGUCUUUCGGCAAUCCCUGCUGCUCGAAGAGGUCACCUAUGAGGGCGUAAGGAAACUCCAAAAAGACACGAAAGAAAGCGUGAUCGUGCACUGGAACGAUACGACUGAUGUGGAAGGCAAAUCUGACGCCCACCUGACCGUAGAGGUCAAGGAUCGCCCACGAUGUGCUGGAGUAGUCAACUGCAACAGCAAGAGUGAUGUUGCACAUCUUGCACUGCACUCUGAUCCUGGUAAUACUGUUGUGAUUGAUCAGGCGAGAGAAUGGCUGAAUGUGUGUCUCAAUAAUCACACUGGCGAUUGCGAUAAUCUGCGCUUCAGCAGAGAAACUCCUCAAUUGCUUAUCGAGAUCUUUUCGCCUGACCUGAUCCGGCUGUGUGAGAAGCAGGCGGUCGAUUAUGUUGCGCUGAGCUAUUGUUGGGGCGUGAAGAGUGAAGAAGUGAAGAAAGGAAUGACCGUUCACAAGAACAUAGACCGCCGGCGGCAGGGGUUUGGUACCGAUGAGCUCCCCGCAACUGUGCGCGAUGCGCUCCAGAUCGUCCAUGCGAUGGGUGUUCGAUAUGCAUGGGUGGACUCCCUGUGUAUCAACCAAGACACCGGCAUAGGCGUGGAAACUAUGCACAAGGUUUACUCGAACGCGCUCUUCACUAUAUGUGCCUGCGCAUCGAGUGGAGCUACUGGGAAUCUGCUCAGCCAGCGCGAAGCAUGGACCUUGCAGACAGAACCAUGUCGACUCGGCGGACAGUGGCUGACAACAUCCGACAUGUCUCUGAACGAGUUGCGUCUGAGGUCACCGCUGGCAGAUCGGGCAUGGACACUCCAAGAAGAGAGACUGAGCCCCCGAAUGCUGUACAUUUCGAGUAAUCGGAUGUACUGGUCCUGCGCCAUGGCUAGUGAGAUCGAAUUGAAGCCCACAUACGAACGGAAGAGGGCUAAACUUCAAAGACCAGUGUAUACAGUGUCAGACCGCGAUGCUGAGACGCCCCGGGCUCAGGAGUUCUUGAUGGCUUGCUACGACCGAAAGCGCGACCUUCAUCCGUUCUGGGCAGACGUGGUGAAGUCGUAUGCGUUGCGGGACAUGUCAGACAACAAUGAUCGGCUGAACGCAUUGUCUGGCCUCGCCGUGAAGUAUCUGAGUGCGAAUAGUCCUGACGAGUAUCUUGUAGGUAUCUGGGCAAAAAAUCUGCCAGAGGGCCUCGCGUGGAAAGUUCAGAGCGCAGUCGGAAUUGAUCGAGCCCAAGGAGACGCGAAGGCAGUUGUCUGGCCUUCCUGGUCGUGGGCUGUGCUUCCGCUGAAGACUGCACUCGACACAGCAGCAAAGAAUUCACGAACGACUUUCUUCCAACGACUGGUUGAAAACGGCACCGUGGACCCGGGGGUCGUGGUCAACGCGGAGAAAGCCGUUAAGGUUGGCGUCGAUGUCAAGGAGCUCCGCGUGAGAGGUCGCUUACGCUCACUCUGGAAGCCCAUGUCUCGCUGGAUUGACUGGUCGUAUGUCAGCAAAAUAGUGGACGGACAGGAAAAAUUUACAUUUGCGAUUCAUCCCGAACAAAAAAUGCAUGCCAUAGACGUCGAACUCGGCCGCGUUCUGGUCUACGAGGACCGACAGAAGGAAGUGGUCGGUCAGCUGGAUUUUCGGCGUGACGUCAGCAGACUGCAAGCCGAACAUUUGCACUUGAUGGCUCUGGAGAUAGGGGAAACGACCAUGCUCUUAUUAGAACGCUGCGGCAAGGGAGUAUAUCGGCGCGUUGGAGUGGCCUGGAACGUUCGCAAUAAUUAUUUUGCGCUCGCGAAACAGGAGGAUCUAAUUUUGCGGUAG